AAAACGAAAUAUAUGUGUAAAACUGUAAACUCUGAAGUGACUGGACUACUGUAGUGUGAUUUGUUAAAAAAAAUGUUCGUGUGUAUGUAGCGUGCGCUGAAAAAAUUAAAUUAUAUUCGAUUGAAGUAUUAUCGUUAAUACAACCACGAAUACAGAAUUGGUCAGUAAAACCGUACUAGGACCGACUUCAAAAUGAACCCAAACGAAAACGAAGAAGAUACCAAAUAUUGUUUCAACUGCCGAAGAAAUAUUCCACUCAUUAACCAUGUAAUGCACACUGCAUACUGUCACCGUAACCUGAAGCUUUGCAUGAAGUGUGAUGAACCGUUCCUAACUUCAGAUUAUGAAGAGCAUCAAAAAACCAUGCACUCGGUUAUUUUAUGCGAUGCCUGUUCUGAAAAACUAGAAGCAAUGGAUUUAGAAUCACAUAAAUUAAACGAUUGUCGUCACCGUAUGCAAACAUGUAACUAUUGUCAGAUUGAUGUAGAAGCUUGCUUGUUACCUGCACACACAGAUAUGUGCAGUAGUCGUACAGAACGCUGUAACAGUUGUGGACAAUUUAUCAUGCUUAAGUUUUUGGAUGUACAUCAGGAAACUCAUGAACGUAAAGAAUUACUUAAUGUAGUUGCUAAAUCAGUAAUAGACGACAGUCCAAGCAGUUUGGCAGCAUAUCCGCCAUUAAUAAAAAAAGUGCCAAACAUUGCAGUAACUGCAAGACCAACAACAAAAACUACUAGCAUGCCCACGUUGAGACUACACGAAUCAACCAUGACCAAUCACAGGGUAAUGCCACCAGUCAAACGCAACAACGAUCAACCUCAAAUUAAUACUCAUAGCAGCAAUGAUAACACGCACAAAGAUCCAAAGAAGAAUAUGCCUAUAGUAGACACGCCAAGCGAUAUAGAUGAUGAUGAUGAUGACGAAUUUCCUGUACUUGGUGCUUAUUCAAUUCCUAAUAACCAUUCUGCAAAUAUCAAUAACCAUUUAACAAAUGAAUACAACAAUUUUUCCGAUACACUUGAAAGUGUAAAACUACCAUGCGAGUUUUGCCUAGAAAUGAUUGAUUCUGAAAAUCUUGUUUUGCAUGAAACCGGAUGCCGUCCAGAUUUAGCAACAUUUCAUAAUGUUUUGCAAACAAAUAAUAAAAAUACCAACAGCGAGAAUAAUAUAUUUCCAAUACCACCUCAUGACUUAGACACCUCCAGCAGCAGUGGAGACAGUGAGCUCAAUUUAAAUACAUUGAGUUUAAGUUCUGAAGAUGAAGAUGAUAGUGAAAAAAUCAAUGUUGAGAAAUUGCCUUGCGAAUUCUGUGAAAAAUUAGUAUCCAUUAAGAAGUUUUUAAACCAUCAGUGGAGAUGUGAAAAAUUACAUUUGGAUUUACCUGUGAUAAAUAAUUUUGAUAAAGAUGUGUAUCCGCAACCUAUUAUAAAUACCAAUACAAAGUUCCCAAAAUCGGUAAACUUACUAGAAACUCAGCGUAAUCUAUUCAAAACAACAUCUGCUCCAGCUAAUCUAUCUGGAAGAACUUUAACAUUGAGGAACUCUGAAGCUAAUGCUCAAUCUCCAGCAUCAUCAACAUAUGACGCACAAACGAGACAGAUACUGCCACGGGUCAAACUAAAUAGACAAAAUCCAAGUCGACCAAACAUACCUAUGGAUAAUCGUUAUGUAAACAACUCUGCUCGGAACAACUAUGUACAGUUUAUAUCCAAUUCUAGAUUAAAUCAUUCAGAGCGGGCUUCCACAAUUAACAAUUCUCCUGCAUACCUAAACCCAUCUAGUGGUGCUAUACCGAAACAAAAAAAUAUGAAGCCAAGCAAUAACAGAAGAGUUAUAAAUGACUUAUCUAAGAAGAAACGUAGAGAUUCUGAUUCAUCAAGCGACUGAAUUACAUUCAGUAUCUUUUAUUUUAAUAACUUUAUUUUUAAGAAGACUAUAACUAGUGAAAUUUAUGUAACCUUAAGUUUUAAAAAGUUUUUUCAUCUUAAUAUUUUGCUUUUUUUAUAAGAAUAAAAAUGUUUUUAAUUUAAAUUUAAAAAAAAAUUUAAUUAUUUGCAUUUAUUAUAUUUUAAAUAAGGAUAUUAUCUUCUCAUAUCCAUGAGUUAACGUUUUUUUUUUUUGCUAUGUUAAAAAAUAUGAUAUUUGUAUUAUUAUUAUUAUUAUUAUUUAUUAUUUAUAUGACAAAUGUGAUAACUAUUAAAUAAGAAAUUGGAAAAUACAUAGAGAUCGGACAAACUACAAAAUAUACCAGAAUGUUUCCAUGAGGGUUGGCCAAAAGGCCACCAAGAAAGAACAAUAAAAAAAAUGAAUUGUAUAAUUUUGUUCCACAGUAACCGAACAAUUUGUACGAUAAAUAUAACUGAAAUACAUUACUGACACUCCGUGCAAUUGUAACCCUUCGUCCCUUAACACUGUAAAUUUGAUAAAUAAUAAUAAGAAACCUAUGGAUAAUACUACAAAAUACAAUGUAAUGUGAAAUCGCAAAAUAUCACGCCUGGUGCCAACGACUUCGGUCAAAUUUAAGUCUAUGAUUUAUCUAUAUCGAGUUGUAAAUGUUAUAUAUAAUUAAUAAUAAACAUACUAUACUUCAACAUUACUAA